CAUCGAAACAAUCAUUACGGAAAAUAUAUCAAAUUUAAACAAAUGUUCAGAAAGUGCAGGAAUCCUUUCAUGUCCACUAACAUUGCUUGCGUGACAUGAUUGAUUACUUAUCAACAAAUCUAAUAAAAUGAUAGUUGUUUGGAUGUUCGUGGCUUUUUGUGAGGUGACAAAACAAGCUGUUGUGCAAGGUUACUUUACCAACCCGUUUAUCGAAAACACAGAGGAUCUACCGGAGUGCGGAAAGGAAUGUCUUGCUUCGAAACUUGGCGCCGCAGUUCAUUUAGCAUGCCGUGUAUCAGGGAGUUCUAGCACCAGUAAUGUAGAGUUCCAGAUUGGGAAACAGGUUCGAUUACAUGCCCUUCGUGUUGGAGAAAGUGAUACGUUUCGUGCAUCACAAUAUGUAGUUCAGGAUGCAGACCACUUGAAGGUGGUAUCGUGUGACGUCACUCAGCGGGACGGAACCGGAUCCGCCCAUGCCACAGCCACACUUUAUGUCGCCAAGGAUUCAACAAAACCUGUCAUAAAAAUCGACAGGAACACUUCUAAACUCACCUGUGAGACCAAAGGUGGGCGUCCAUCCCCAGAAUUGCACUUACAAAUCUUAGAAUGUCCGAACAAGACUCGCUCAAGACAGAUAGAGAGUGACUCCUUAGAUAUGUCUCUCUCUGAGAUUGUCGAAGGCAUGAUUCUCACAUGCUGUGCAAAGAGUCGUUUCUUUGAUUCAAAGUGUGCAGCUCCAUUUGCAAUAACACAUGAAGCCUCAUCAACCAGUGUUCCAUCGACGACGAAGAAAUCAUCUGACACUGACUCGCCGCCAUCAGGGUCAACUUCCAUUGUCUCGAAUGUAUCAGCAACUAUAGCGGAGUUUACAGAGACAACCCCUUUGUCAACGGUAACACAAUCAGCCCCACCAACGAACGAGUCAACGCACGAAAAUUCAUAUUCGAUUAUGAAAGUCGUCACCAUGGCGGUGUCAUCAGUGCUUGGUAUUCUGAUCGUUGUUAUGAUCAUCGCAGGUGUUCUUCGCCUUAGGAAAAGAUCAGCAAGCAAACGCAUCAACUCUAUCCAAAUCGAGGAUCUUGUAUCAUCGUACCACACACUCUCGGGGCUUUCUUUGGGUGUUAGUAACUACGAUGUUGUCCAGAUAACUGCUCCUCAAAGAGAGUCAGUACAUUACAGUGAACCGACCUUCUGUUAAAAUGAUGAAGUUGCAACGUCAGAAAUAAUCGAAACCUGCUUUAUAUUUCCGAUGGUCAUUGUAUUAUAAGUUAUAAAAGUGGGAGAACUGAAGUAAAAAUUGUCGCUGUCAUUAAUAUUGAUGAGCGAAUACUUUGGGAAAGUACAUGUACACGUCAUUACCAAAUACCGUAUGAAGUCUGGAGGCAGCAAUUGUUCGAUCGGAUAAUGGUAUAUAUGUCAAAAGCGAAUGGGUAAUGGUUAAAAUAACGUGAAUACCGCCUUCCUGCAACAAGUAAAUUACGCCCCGGUUUAAUGGACGAAUGGCUGUGCAUAAUUUGUCGUUUGAAUCAAUUAAGGCCACGACUUUUUUUUUUAUUGGUUUACAAAAAUAAUUUUGAAAAUGGUCCAUCGGGCGGUCGAAAAAAAAAAAAAAAAAAAAAACAUUGGAAAAAUAAGUUAAUACUAAUAACAUCAGAACAAAGACAUCAUAUCUUUUAUAACCUUAACACAGAGACGAAAAAUCUAAUUAUGCAAUGAAACACAUCUAUAUCUUCAAAUGAAAUGAGUCACCUAAAAGCACCUUUUGUAACAUCAGGCAAUUUUAAACACUCCAUUAAAUGACAUGCGUUCUUCUCCCAUUAAAACGAAAAACUGCGCUUCAUUUCCGUAAUUCGAUGCGCACCAUUACGCAAUGCGAUGCCCGUUGCAUAAAUCUUAUAUAAGAUAAACUACUCAUACACAAAGUAUGUGUUUGCUCUUAUUGGACUUAUGACAUCGUCCAUGAAAAAAAUCGAGGUAGAUCGAUCCCCGCGUCGUCGCGGUAAUGUUUGUUAAAGUUGUUGUUGUCAUGAAAACUCGUUGAUUUACAACGCAACACGUCUUUAUUAAACUGACGCGAAUUAAUACAAUCAUAUUUGUCAACUUGGCUUUUGCUUUAUUUUGAUAAUUUAAUCCAAAGUUUAAUGUUAGCAAGUGUUUUUACUGGAAUUGUAAACAAGGAGCCAGUUAAAGUCUUCCGAAAAUGUGCAGUCUGUGUGAAUUGACAGUUUGACGUCAUCAAAGGAAGGCCGCUUGCUGUCUGAAGCAAUAAAGCGACAAAUUUCGCGCCGACAAAAUUGGCUUCCUUUGUCUAGCAAUCAACAUGCCGAACCAAUCGUGCGUUUGUUUCUCAAUUGCAAUCCUCCAAUUUAAUAAUAGCACGUGCAUAGCUCCGCCUUCGAAUCUUUUGCAGAGAACGGAGGCGGAGUUUAACGGUUAAUUGAGCUAGUAUUUUUAAUACGCAAGUUGAGUUCCGAUUUGCCGAAAUUACUCGGCCCUAAGCAUUAAAACGACAAAUACAUUUAUCAAUGAUUUUCCGAGAUAUACCGAUUUGUUCCGAUUUCCAAACUUUCUGUACAGUUCCUAUAAACUAUGGCGGACGUGUUUACAAAAUUCCUAAACACAUAUAUCGUAAAUAAUGGCAGUGUUUUAUUGGAUUAUUUAUACUAAUUAUCAAAUUGCAAGGUAAUACUUUUUAUCUACUAUAAUAUCGGGUAUGUUUAAUAUAAUAAACAUGUUAAACAAUAUAGUUGCGUCACAGACUCGGAAAUAAAUUUUGAUGCGGUCGACAUUUUACUGACGCUGAUUUUCCUAUUGUCUGUAAUUAAAUAAAUUUUGAGAAGUGCCCAUAAAAGGACUGGUACAUACUGUGUCACAUUGAAAAAUAUCCCGAUCUCUGUAAUAUAUGUGAACCAAUCGUUGAUUGUACUUACUUGAUUUUAUUCGCAACCGUACUCAAACCGGAUCGGUUUUUUUUCUCGUUUCGCUCGUUUUUCAGUGCGGUCGGGAAUAAAAUAUAUAAAAAAAAGACGAUUUUCCGAUUUUAUUUUUUUUCCCAUUUUCCAAAAAUUAGGGUCGGCGGUUUUGUAAACCAAGAAAUAUAAAAGUCGUGGCCUAAAUGUCUUCGAAAUUUUGCCAACUGAAUAUCCCACGGUCGACCAAGAAGUAAAGCGUAGUGAACAUGUGACAUUGGAGAUGAACGAGCUUCAGAACUAAACAUUUAGAAUUUAGUGUUUGAUAGUACCCUAUUCUGGGAAACUUUUUCUUUUAAUUAUAAAAUGUCGUGCAUUGAAAACGUUGCAUGUAAGCCAUACGAGCACCAUCAGUAAAAUAUGAACACAUUAA